AUGCAGGAGCACCAAUACGGACCCCCCGUCUCAAAAACCCCCUUACUCCAGAAGUCUUCGUCAAUGGUUGUUGGGGAUGCCGCCGCCGCAGAAUUUAGAACUCGAAUAGCUAAGGGCGGCACAACAGUCGGCAAAGGUGACGACAAGCCCGCAACCGGCACUGUGAACACAUGCAGUCGUUUACUUCGGGAUGGUGUUUCUCUAGAGGAAUACUCGCCGGCGCUAUCAGUAGAUGUCUCGCCGAAACACAGCAGACUACCAGAUAUAAGCUCUCAAGGCGUUGAUUCAACUUCGCUAGAGGAUAUAUCUUCUCUUAAAAAUUUAUUUGAAAAAGGUGCUACGAUAUGUGCACCAAAGCCUAUCCGGCCGGUUUCGGAAAACCCAUCAUUGACAGCUGCGAUUAUAGCCACUCAGCUUUCAUCUUCUAACUCCACACACAGCUCAAGCAGAGGCAGUCCCAUCCUCAAGCAAAGUUCAAAACCUGCCCAGGGAAUUUCAACUCCUUUAAACUUUGACAACCGUCCAAGCUCUCAUAUCACGGCACAUGAACCCUCGCCUUUUCUACUUGACUCGAAGCAAUCUGAGAUGCACGAGACAUCUGGAUUAUCAGACCACAAGAAUGCGCUUUUAGCAGCUACUUUAGCUGCCAAGGGAAAAAUUCCACGAACCCCCCCAAAAAAAUCCCAACCCCCAAGGCCGCCUCCCCCGAGAAGAGCACAUGAUAGUUUGAAGGUACCCAAUGGCAAGACUUUAAAAAUUGAGGAUAACUCCGAUGCGUUGUCUAUUGAUUCGGUGAAAACGGGUUUCUCAAAGUACGACACUGCUCGCUCAUCGGUUUCAUUGCAACCCUCCCUAUCGCACUCAACAAUAUCUCCCAUACCAAAGAGACGCCUUUCACUGGGAAAUAUCCCCCCCAAAUGGCAGGAGGUAAAUCCUUCGCCGUGGUGUCCGCCGCAACCCACAUUCCCCCCAUCCGCGGUAGCUGCCGCCAACCUUUGCCAUUAUCAAAGCAUUUGA